AUGUAUUCCGAAGGCGAGGACGUUCUUGUUUUACAUUCGUGGCGGUGGGGAAAAGGUUCGUUAGUUUUCGUUUAUAUGAAGGCAUCUCCAAAUAUUGGACUGCCUUAUGACCACCCAAUUUUUAUUGCUGCAUAUAUUUUUUCUUCAGACUUGGGGAUUUACAGCAUGGCUGCUGUAGAACAAUUGUUGGAGCUCCUAAUUGUACUCUCGGCUUUGUGGUUAGAUGUUCCACUGUUAGAGGCCCGAGCUUCUGCAUUGGUCAGCGCAUGUUGGACAUUAUCAUUCCCGUUUAUAUUGGCUUGUGGGGACAGUAUUAGCGCUCUUGAAGCAAUUCUGAAGGAAAUGGAUACUCAUGUCGAUAGCUUACGUGAUAUAGUCGCUAAUGCUGAGCAAAAUUUUUUGGAGAGUCGCACUGAUUUGGCGUCCACUACCGUCCCUAUGGCAACAUUUAUUGAAGAGACUGCGUUGGUGGAAGUGGCACGCAACAAAACGGAGACUUUGACAAGUCCACAAACUGACGAAGCACCUGCAGAUCCCAGUGCUAGCUAG